GCAAGACCAGGACGAAAGACAAGUACCGGGUGGUGUACACGGACCACCAGCGCCUGGAGCUGGAGAAGGAGUUUCACUACAGCCGCUACAUCACCAUCCGCCGCAAGGCAGAGCUGGCCGCUGCCCUUGGGCUCACCGAACGGCAGGUGAAAAUCUGGUUUCAAAAUCGGAGGGCAAAGGAGAGGAAAGUGAACAAAAAGAAGAUGCAGCAGCAAAGCCAGCCCACCAGCACCACCACGCCGACUCCGCCGGCCAUCGGCACACCGGGACCCAUCGGAGGCCUCUGCAGCAGCAGCGCCCCGAACCUCAUCUCCUCGUCUCCGCUGACAAUCAAGGAGGAAUUCAUGCCUUAA